GCAGCUCUAAUUUACUGGCGUGAUCCAAAGAAAUCAGGCCCCGUGUUCGGGUGCAUACUCGGCGUGCUCCUCUCGCUGGCCUACUUCAGCCUGAUAAGUGUUCUUGCUUAUUUGUCUCUUCUCAUCCUCACAGGCACUAUUGCCUUCAGGAUUCACAACACCGUCCUUCAAGCUAUCCAGAAAACUUCCGACGGGCAUCCUUUCCAGAACAUUUUGGAAAUGGACUUGACAUUGCCCGCGGAGAAGGUACACGAAGUAGCCGACGUGGCUGUUGCACACUUAAACGCAGGGGUCAGUGAACUUCGUAGGCUCUUCCUUGUCGAGGAUUUCGUCGAUUCCUUGAAAUUUGCUGUACUUCUUUGGUGCCUCACCUAUGUGGGUUCCUGGUUCAAUGGCAUGACUUUAAUCAUAAUUGGAGUGAUUGCCUUAUUCACACUACCGAAGGUCUAUGAGACAAAUAAGGCACAAAUUGAUCAGAAUCUAGCACUGGUGCAAAGCAAAAUCAACGAGCUCACUGCUAAGUAAGUGGAAUUCAUCGACAUAACUUCAAUAUUUAAAUUUUAAUUUUACACCUUUUAGAAUA